AGGCUUUCUAUGUUUCGAGUCUGGUCAUCUCCGUACCUUCGGGGUGCUUGGCUCUCCAUUGUUAUCUUUCGCUCGGUAUACAUACGCAAACACACAUCUCUUUUUCCUUUUCCUUUGUCUUUUCUAUCUUUUCACGGCCUUUUCCUGAUUUAUUAUCAUUUCCCCCUCCCCCAAAAAAGAAGACAUCGCGGAGGGCUGGCUUUGACUUCCACCUUCUUAGAAUAUAUACAACGGCAUUCAAAUGAGCAAAGAAGAAAAAGCAGUCAAGGCAGAAAAAGAAUCCGCGACAAGACACGUCGAGAGACAAGAGUAAAGUAUUGAAGAAGCUUGUGCUGACGUACUCACCAAGAAGCACGCACAUACCGCUAUGUGAACCAAAACGUGCAGCGAGCGCUGUGGAGUCCCCCCCCCCUCCCCCUGCUCUCUCUCUUGGCGGUACGUGAAACGGCAUUUCGAAUUGCGACAGGUGCAGCUCCUGUCGCCUCUCUUUCUCUCUGGACUUUCGCAUCUUUUACGUUGCGGAAGAUGGAGUACAACAUGUGUGUGAGCGUGCGUGUGUGCCGUCGUUUUCAUGGCGUUAGGAAGAAAUAAGAAUAAUACCAAGGAAACCGCGGCUUUCCAUGAAAGAGCAGCUCGCCUUUUUUCUUCCAUCGUGUUGCUUGGCCAGCUCUUUUGAUUUUCCUGUCUUGUCUCCUUCGUUCACGAUAUUCUUUUCUCUCUCUCCCUCCCUCCUUCCUUUCUACGUAUCUUUUUUUCUCUUUGGGUUCCUCUUCCAUGAUCCACCCACUUCAACCCACCCUCCUCUGCCUUAUCUAUACAUGCUUCGACGCUUCGACACAACCGCCGUACGCCACGCAUUAUUUCAACUUUCCGGCAGCAUUCUCCGUCCUUUCUGCUGCUUCAUGCGGACCGUUAAGAAGGAGGUAAGGAAGAAAUAUUAGGAAAAACAUCCAGUAGAAGACACACACACACACACACACACACAUACAGACACACAGACACACACAGGAACGGGGUGAGAACAGCGUUACUUUCGUGUCGAGGCACCCAUUUCCCUUCCUUCCUUCUUUUCUGCCUUUCCACUCGUCAACGCACCGGCGUACGGAGCGCGGAGAAGGCGAUACGCCUCUACCUAUUUUUCCCUUUCCUUUCCUUUCCUUUCCUGUGUAACGCGUGACGGACAGCGACGAACACCCGAGCUGCCAUCACCGCGAACCACACGAUCGUGAAGGGUCUUCACUGCAGCUGGGAGGGUGCGCACGCGUCGCUGUUCUCUCCCCCUUUGUUGCUGUCUUAUUAACAGAAGGAGACUACACAGAGGAGGGACGCUCGUCCUCAUCGCCAGCAGCGGAGGCGAAGGACCUCCUAGAAAAAAGAAGCAAAGAAGAAGUCGCAUUGGCAGAAGGCAACCCGACACAAUAGAAUCUGUACUUCCGUACUGUGAAGGACGCUGACCUUUAAACAUUAAAAAGAAGUUUUGGGAUUUUCUUCGCUCCGUUGGCGCCUGCUUCUCUCAUUUAUCUCUUCCGUCCUUCACGGAAACGCGCACUCAAGCACAGAGCAACAGCAGCAGCGACGAACAAGGAGAAGAAGAGGAGAACACAAAGCGUUCAUCUCACCCGAAACAACUUUUCUUUUCUUUUUUUCCCUUACUUCCUCUGUCGACUCUGCGGAGGGACAGCAAGGGCAGGCGACGAAGGAAGGAAGCGGAGCAUCAUAGAGCGGGGCGACACACUUGGGCAGGAAAGGGAGCUUUCAUUACUCCUCUCGGUUUCGAAAAGGUGCGUUCGCCGUCCAGCGUUUUUUUUGUUUUCUUCUGUUUUUGAUCGGGUUUCAUUGACGGGGUUGUCGCCACACACACACACACACAACCGGGAAUUAAAUAAAGGAGAAUACUAAAAGAGAAAGGACAGUCAUGUCGCGCGUGAAAGCCGGUUUAUCUUGCAGCUGCUCGUCGCCGCAGCCACCACCACCAGCGGAAGCGCCGCUUUAUCCAUUGCUUCUCACCGAGAUCGAUGAGAACGUCGCUCCGUCACACGUUCCAACCUCGCUGCGGCUGCUUCAGCUGCGUCUACACGAGGAGCUUCCGUGCUUCCUGUCGCGAACCGGGAAGGAUCAGAGACGAGCACCUGCGCCGCUGCCAGCCGCGAUCGCGGAGGUGCGAGGGAGGAGCAAGGUGAACUCAGCGGAAGUCGCAGCAGCAGCAGCAGCAACAGGGAAAAACUCCGCCGAGGCGCGUACGACGCUGACUGGGCCGUUGCCUCCAACGUUCCACACACCUCCUGCGGAGGGCGCGACACACGGAAGCCGGCAAGUCCAUGUUUAUUCCCCCGUUGCACACGAAAAUGCCGAGACGGAAGAUGUGGCGAUGCCGUGGUCGGUGGGGGCCGCGCCGGCCUCGCCGCAGCGUGGGGCCGCAGGUCCUUUUUCUACCAACAAAGCUGCUGGUGAAGUCGACGGCUGCCUGCCGCCGGAAGGGUGCAGCUGCGAGGACGGCGGAGUUCGAGACAGCGCUGUUUCGCAAUUAUUUUUCAGCGAGUCAUUCAGCGCUGUCCACAACUCGAGAGAGGCCACAACGAUGGACGGUGACGAUGCCAACGACGACGACGAUGACGACGACGACGACGAUGAUGAUGAUGAUGAUCGAGCAGCGGUGGAGACAGCUGCCUCGUUUAUUUCACUCCUCCUGCGCACACCGUCACCCACCGAGGCAGCGUGCGGCGACACGCAGCGCAGUCCGCGUGUGCUGUGCGGUGUCGAUGCCGACGAGGCAGCAGCAGCGGAGGCGGGUGGCGUGAGCUCUUGCACGCAGUGGCUUUGGCAGACGUCUCUAAGGCCUGGUCGUUUUAUCUUGCCAGUUCAUCGCGCGCUCGCGGUGCGUGUGCUUCACUUUCCGGUAUUCCGCACGGCGGCGGAGCUGCGGCCGACGACGCUGUGCAGCCCACCACGUGCAGCCGCUCCUCCACUGUUUGGCCGCAGCGUCGCUCUCGUGCUUCCGUGCGGCGACGACGACGACGGCAAUGACAUCGCAGCCGUCGCCGACAGUGCCGGGGCCGAUCACGUCCACUCCAUCUCCCUCUUCCCCUCCUUGGCGUCCCCUGCGGAGGGACCACCUUCUUCAUGUGCUCCUCCCUCCUCAGCCGCGGUGUCGCAGCGGCAGGCUCGACUCCCAACCACGUUCACGUCGCUAUGGAGCAGUCCGCGCUGGCAGCGCCUGCGCAGCUACACCCGGUUUGAGCGUGCCGUGCAGGAGCGCACGCGCUGGCGUGGCGGUCGACUCUUCCGCAAAACCGGCGCCCUCUCCUCCUUGCUGUCGUGCGACGACGACGGCUGCUCGUUGUGUUGCAGCUCGUCGCUGUUCACGUCGCCGCGUAAGGCGCUGUGGAGUCCCGUGAACCCACCACGCCGUGGUAGACACCGCCAUCCCCGUGACAGUUCGCAGGGCAACGAGUGCGUGGGGGACGACGACGAUGCGCGAGAGGAGGAGGAGGAGGAGGCCGUCAGCGCCGCCGCGCUCUGGGCGGCGGAGCAGAUGUGUUUGUUCAAUGAACCUACGCCGUGA